UGUUAAGGAGAUUUUUAGGAGGAAAAGAACCCGCAAUGGUUGACCCGUAUACCGGCCCAAAAGAAGCUUGAACAUCUGGUCCAGGUGUCAAUGGCAGAAGCUAUUUCCGGGAAGCAUCUGCUGUGAUUUGCACUGCACUCAAAAUAUAUAUAUGUAUAAAUCUCUCAUCACCAUUCAAGAAUCCAUCAUCAAUCUACGGUUACUGUAACAGUAAUGGCCGAAUGGUCUCAACUUCCCAGAGAACUCGUUGAACUCAUAUCCAAACACCUUUCCACCGAAACUGAUUUCCUCCGUUUCCGUUCCGUUUGCUCUUCAUGGCGUUCCUCUCUUCCUCCUAAACCCUACCCGUCUUCCCUUUCCCGUUUUCCCAUUCUCCCCAAUGACGGCAUCGCUGAAAAUAGCUGGGGUUUUAAACUCUCCAAAUCACCCCUCUACCUUAUCCAUCCACCUAAUCAAACCAAUAACCAUGGAUGGAUCAUCAAGCUCGAUCGAGAAAAUCCACACAGGAUGCGUUUAUUCAAUCCUCUUUCCAGAUCCCAAUGCAAACCCCUUCCUUCUGAUUUCCCCAAGAUUUUGGAUUCCUCGCAAUACCCAAUUCGCGAAUUGUGCCAUGAGUAUACUCUUCAGUUUAUAAAGUACCGACCCAGGGCUAGUUCCAUUGCCGAUGCUGGGAAUCUCUACAUGGAAAAAGUCGCUGUGCGUAUGGAAAAGAAUGGGUUUGUGCUAUUGACAAUUCAUGUUUCUGGGAAAUUGGUGAUGUUUAGAUCUGGUGAUACCAAGUGGUCUAUUGUUGAUGAGUCAUCUUUGCCUUACGAUGAUGUCAUUAUGAAAGAUGGGAACUUUUAUGCUGUUGAUAAUACUGGUAAGGGAGUGCUUGUUAAAUUGAACCCUGGGACAGCGCCAGAAUUACAAGUUGUUGCUCAUUCUGUGUUUGGGGGAGAUAAAAAGUUCCUUGUGGAGUCUUGUGGUGACCUUUUAAUGGUUGACAAGUAUUUGAGUAUUGGGCCUGAAGAUGAUCUUGGAUACAAUGAGACUGUUGAGUUUUACGAGGAAUUUGAUUGCUACAUGAGCGAAAGGACGGUUAAGUUCAAAGUUUAUAAGUUGGAUGGAGAUAUGCAGAGGUGGGUUGAGGUCAAUUGUUUGGAAGAUAGGAUGUUGUUUGUGGGGGAUAAUUGUACAUUUUCUGCUUUGGUCUCCGAGCUUGAUUUUGGGUGUAAAGGGAACUGUAUACUCUUCUCGGAUCAGUUUUUCUGCAGCACCGAGGAUGAUGGAGGAUUCUGGAAGCAUCACGGCAUUGGUGUGUUUAGUUUGGAAAAUGGCAGCAUUUGUCCUAUAAAUUGUUGCCGUGGCUAUGCCGAGUUGUUUUGGCCUCCUCCUCCUUGGAUUUGUUCUCCUCCAACUAUUGAUGCUGAGCUGAAUGAGCUGAAAAUCUAAUUCUCUUGGAACUUGAUGGGGAAUAAAAAGAAACUAGCUAGCCAGAGCUGAUCAUAUGCUGGACUUCUUUAAACUGUACAUAUGGUUUUCUUCGGAAAUUGACAUUUCGCUCAAGGUUUAACCCGCAUAAGUGCUUAUGUGGCAUUGACUGGCACAAAUAAAUGAACAAGUUGUUAAAACUAUUUUCAUUGACAGUAUAAUGGUAAAGAAACAAGGAUCUCCAUGUGUUUGUUUCUUUACUAAAUGUGGUUCACAUAAAUUUCACCUUUAUUAUUUUAAGUACAGUUGCAGCUAACAUAUGAUUACCAGUCAUUCAAUGGAGAAUUAUUUGAUUGUGUGAGCA